AUGUGUGGGAAGAAGCGGUGUACGUUCUCGGGGCGGAGGUUCAAAGGCUUCUGGGUCGAGGUCGAGGGGAUCAUGGAGGACACGGCGGACGUGUGGGCCACGAGCUACUCGUCAAUCUGUUUCCAUCAUUCCUAUCACGCCGCCGGCCCGCAUCUUUCCGGCUGUGCCUUUUCGACUUCUAAUGCAGAUAUCACAUUACUUUACCGCUUCACCAAAUUCAAGAAGCAUGUGAACGACAAGCACGGAAACGGCACUCUUACUCAAGCAUCCGACAGUGUGAUAAGCACUUGCGGCAUCCCUGCUUCCUUACGAAAGAACUAA